AUGGCUCUUUCCAUCAAACUUUCCUAUGAUGAAGAGAAGCCAUUGACACCUGGAUCCAUGGUUCUGGGCGUAGUCAAGCUCACUACCUACGAAGAACGAAUCAUUGAAUCCCUGAAUAUCGACUUCAAAGGCCGAACUAAAGUCUUUCUCAAUCAAUACUAUAGCGACAUGGUCGUCUCCAGAACAGACUAUACAUCGGAGAGCUACCUCUUCAGCCGGCAUAUGAGUCUACACAGUGGUGAAAGCAUUGAGGAUAAAGGGACCUACUCAUGGCCCUUUGCUUUUCGGAUUCCACUGUUUGCGGCACCUCGAGCUGUGGCACCGGGGACGACAGACUCGUUCUAUCCAAUGCGCCCCUGGAAGGGUGAUCUUGCACGGGUUGCCCACCCUCUGCCUCCUAGUAUGAAGCAAAGCGGCAAGUUUAUUUGCUCUAUACAAUAUGUCCUCGAAGCGACACUCGUGUACCGACCUCCAGCUGCCAACCACCUCAAAAGGAAGGGGGCUACACUGCAAGCAUCUCGAUCGAUAUCCGUUCAGAGCCUGGAUAUGACUUGCCGCACACGGCCUGGGGACGACUGGCCGUAUAGUGUUCAUCGUCACACGAUGUGCUGUGCCCCUGGGCGUUAUCCAUCUCAGUCUAUCUACCGCCUGAUCCCGAUUCUUCCCAGAACAAGUGCACAUUCGGCAUCCGAAGCGAAGCUUUUCUUUUCUGUCUGGUUGCCAAAGAAAGUGGAAAUCAAAGAACAGCAAGCGCUCUUCGUCCCAAUUUCCUGCACGAUGGGCCACUCUACAGUAGGUCAGGAGCUAUCGCCAUUGACAGACGAACAAUGUCCGAACGCUGUUGUGUGCUCUUUCAAGCUUGCACUAGUGCGACAUACACAGGUACGAGCCGGGUCCCAUACCAGCUCAUCUUCCCAGCGCGUUUUCAUUCGAAGAGGAUCGGUUACAGUGCCUGUCUCCCACGGUGAGCCAUCUGCGACUCAAACAACCACUAGCACUCCGACCUCAUCGGCCAACCUCUGCGACGCCACCGAUAUGUCCCUUCCUCCCGAUCUACUGACUGCAGAUUUUUCAACCUACAAUAUUGCUCGCUUUCACAGCCUCGAGAUUUCCUUUCGCAUGAAAUACAGAAAGAAGAAGCACAAGUUCACUUUACGCGACGUUCCUCUCCGGGUCGUUGCUCAGUCUGAAAGAGAGCUUGAAAGACGAUUGAGCGAAGGCAUAGAGGAAGAUGAUGAGUACGGGUGCUACCUGAGCGGGAUUCAGUGGCAAGAUUAUCGUGCAAAUACAAGUGGUACUGGAGAUCCUACGAGAGAGUUUCUACAAGCUAUCAUCGCAGAACCAGGUGGCGAUGGCGAUUGCGUUUCGGAAAUUCCACCGCCUGGUUACACUGCUUGA